AUGUCCGCCUCGGUGGGGCCCCAGGGCGGCCCUCGCCCACCCACCGUGCCGCCAUCCAUGCCGGACCUGCCGGACCUCAGCCACCUCACCGAGGAGGAGAGGAAGAUCAUCAUGGCAGUGAUGGCUCGGCAAAAGGAGGAAGAGGAGAAAGAGCAAGCCAUGCUAAAAACACUGCACCAGCAGUUUGAGAGCUACAAACGGGAAGUGCGUCGCAUUGGGGCGGAGACGCGACGUCAGCAGACCCAGCAGAAGGACGAUGCGCCCACCUGCGGUAUCUGCCGCAAGACCAAGUUUGCCGAUGGCUGCGGCCACCUCUGCUCCUACUGCCAGACAAAAUUCUGUGCUCGCUGUGGAGGGCGGGUCUCUCUGCGCUCCAAUAAUGAGGACAAAGUGGUAAUGUGGGUAUGCAACCUGUGCCGUAAGCAGCAGGAGAUUCUCACCAAAUCAGGAGAAUGGUUUUCGGGGUCAGGGGUGCGGCCUGGGAACCUGGGCAACUCCUUGAACGACCCAGCCACGGGAGGUGAGGCCCAACGGGACAGGAAGCUACACCGCUCCAGGUCCCAAGCCCCACCCUCCAGCACCAACGCCAACGCAGGGCCAGACGGGACACAGCCGCCCGUUGGUAUCACUGCUGCCAAGGGUGCUGAAACCAUGCCUGGCUCUCGCUCCCAAAGUGAACCACCUAGAGAAAAGUAA